UGUGUCACACGGAGCAAUGGAGGAAAAACAAGGGGCUGCGGACGCAAACUUCACCCCAGAUCCAGGGGGGGCUGGAUCCUCACAAGAUACCCUGCCUGACCCAAGCCCAGAGAGUAUCACCAGCAGACAGCUGACUGAGCAGAGCCGCUUUGCCUAUGCCGCUCUGUGUGGCGUCUCCUUGGGCCAGCUGUUUACUGGAUCCGAAAACAGUGUGUUUAGGGAGCAGUACCUGCAGGGCCUGGUUCGCUGGCUGGACCUGGAUGAUUCUGUGAUGCCGGUGAUGGGGGCUUUUCUGUCAGGCCUGGGCUUUGAGGGCUCGGACACUUUCCUCUCCAUCCUACAGGCUGAGCCGCUGCUUGCUCAAGGGUCAACCCCCAUCAUUCAGGAUCUGGUGUCAUUUUCUGUCAAAGAUGGUCAAUAUGACUCCAGAGCUCGGGUUCUCAUCCGUCAUGUGGGCUGUCUGCUCCGAGUCUCCCCCCAUCAGCUGGAGGAAUUUGAGGAGACUCUGGGAGAGAGACUGAGGGAGGGCGGGGAGGAAAGCGAAGAGGAAUCUUCUCGGCGCCGCAGGAGAGAGCGAGGCAGGAAGUUACGGCGCUACCUGCUCAUUGGGCUGGCCACUGUGGGUGGAGGAACUGUGAUCGGUGUGACAGGUGGCCUGGCAGCCCCGCUGGUGGCUGCAGGCGCCGGCGCUGUGCUCGGGGCUGGUGGUGCUGCCGCUCUGGGCUCAGCCACUGGCAUCGCUAUCAUGGCCUCGCUGUUCGGAGCAGCCGGAGCUGGACUGACUGGUUACAAGAUGAAUAAAUGUGUCGGGGCGAUAGAGGAAUUUCAGUUUCUCCCUUUGAACUCUGGAAAGCAUCUUCAUGUCACCAUCGCAGUGACUGGUUGGCUCUGCAGUGGUAAAUACAGUUCCUUCCAGGCGCCGUGGGGCAGCCUGGGGGACUGCGGCGAGCAGUACUGCCUGGUGUGGGAGUCCCGUUUCCUUCGGGAUCUGGGCUCGGCCAUGGCCUCGCUGUUGGAUGGGCUGGUCAGCAUGAUGGCCCAGGAAGCUCUCAAGUACACAGUGCUCUCAGGCAUUGUGACCGCUCUGACGCUGCCAGCCUCCCUGCUGGCGGCGGCCAGCGUGAUUGACAACCCGUGGUGUGUUUGUCUGAACCGCUCGGCCGAGGUGGGAAAACACCUGGCGCAGGUUUUGAGAAGCAGACAGCAGGGGAAGCGGCCCGUCAGCCUCAUCGGUUUCAGUCUUGGAGCUCGAGUUAUUUACUACUGUCUGCAGGAGCUCGCCAGUGACCAAGGCAGCGAGGGCGUGGUGGAGGACGUGGUCCUCCUGGGAGCCCCCGUGGACGGCUCCGAGAAGGCCUGGGAGAGAAUGGCUCGAGUGGUGGCCGGAAAAAUAGUAAACGGAUACUGCAGAGGGGACUGGCUGCUGGGCUUCCUUUACCGCAGCUCGGCCGCACAGCUGUCGGUCGCCGGGCUACAGCCAGUCAACGUCCAGGAUCGGCGCAUCGUCAACGUGGAUCUCUCUUCAGUGGUGAAAGGUCACUUGGACUACAUGCGUCAGAUGGACACCAUCCUGGUGGCUGUGGGAGUUCCCACUAAAGAAGUCCCAGGAGCCUCACUCCCCCUGCCUCAGCCUGUAAAAGACCAAAUCAGCAAUAAACCACAGGAGACAGAGACACAGAGCGCAGCCGGCGAGGCAGGAAGUCGCACGCAGGACAGCGGGGAGCAGAUGGAGGAGGUGGCUGAUGGUUGGGAUAUCCCUGAUAUUUCAGACCUGCUCGACUCGAUACACGUGACCGAAUCGGACCCGAGCAGUUCGUCGCCGCUCUCUGAGGAAGGGGCGGCGAGCGGCGACGCGGCGUUGGAUCUGAACGUCCGGCCUGACGGAGAAGAGGAGCCCGACCCGGACGGCGAGCAGGUGUCGUGGAGCUGGGACGACACACACUGGACCACUGAGCCCUCGCACGGCUGAAGAGCCACUUCGUGCAAAACCCUCAUCUCCUCUCAGCUUCCGCUGGAGAAAAUAUUCAUUCCACUCUGUACACACUUCACAACAAGACCCGACGCACACGGACGGCAGCCUCUUGUGAAAAAGGCCCUGAAUGAGCUGCACGCUUUACUCCUGCCGACGCCCCAUGAUGUGACAUGAAGGAUGCAUUUCCACAACUUCCCAUUAUCGGGAAUUAUAAGCAACUCAGUACGAUCGAUGUUUGUAUUUCCACAUUAUGUGAAACUGUCAUGCACUCGGGGCCUUCCCUCCUCUGGUGUUGUGACUUUCUUUUAGCAUGACUGGUAAAGAAAAUGUUGAAUCUGUAACAAGCAGCUUCACCUGUGAAGUGUUUUUAAUGGAAGUGUGUAAAUGUAUGGUACUGACAUUUCACACACAGUCUUUACAGUGAUAGUUUUAAUUUUUGUAGAUUUUUAUUUCUGUAAAUAUAGUAAUUUAUUUUCUAGA